AUGGCGAUCCCGACCGUGUACGUGGCAUCGCUCAGCGCCUUUGUCGCGGGCGUCGCCAUCAGCUUGCAGCGCUACGAGCUGCCAUUUGCCAUACUGCUUGGCCUUCUUGCUGCGUACGUCCCGAGCUUCUUUGCCCCGACGCAGUUCUCGCAACGGGGUGCAUAUUGGCCAUGGUUUGCGACGCUGCCGCUCUGGAAGGCGCGCGCGCCGGUGCCCACGACGCUGCACUUUGAGUCGCCGCUCUCGAAAGAGACCCAGUACCUCUUUUCGUCGCACCCGCACGGGCCCACGUCGUGGCACCACGGCGUCAUGCUCACGGGCGCGUCGACGCCGGCGUUCCACGACGUCAUUCCCGGCGAUCGCCGCCGCCACCUCGGCGCGUCGAUCGUGUUUCGCAUCCCUCUCUACCGCGAGCUGCUGCUGUGGCUCGGUGUCGUCGAUGCCAGUCGGUCUGUCGCGCAUCGCGUCUUGUCGUCGGGCAAGAGCCUCGUGAUCCUCGUCGGUGGCAUCCAAGAGCAAAUGCUCGCCGAGUAUCAAAAGCACCACGUGUUUCUUCGGUCGCGCAAAGGCUUUGUCAAGCUCGCGAUCCAGCACGGCGCGGCCAUCGUGCCCGUGUACGCCUUUGGCGAGAACGACCUCUUCCGCCCGUCCACGUUUCUGCUGCCGCUGCGGCAAUGGAUUGCCCGCAAAUUCCUGAUCGCGAUCCCGCUCUACGUUGGCCCGACUUGGUGGAACCCACUCAAACCGUUCCCGGUCGAGAUCCACCAAGUGUACGGCAACCCGAUCCAAACGACCAAGUGCGACAGCCCGUCCAGCGACGACGUCGAUCGCGUCCAUGGCCUCUUCCUCGCCGAGCUCCAGCGCAUCUUUGACACGCACAAGGCGGCGUACGCGACGCCGGACGCCAAACUCGAAAUCUUAUAAGUCGACGAUUGACGGAAGACUGCAACCAAGACCGAUUCCCUGC